AUUACUCUCCUCAAGGUUACAUAAACACCUCGGAAGAACCCCAAAACAGCUGAAUCACAAGGGCCAUUCAGAAUUAAGCAUUGUCACGUUGAUUCCAGACAUAAUUUGUAUGCAAACCCCACCCGUACAACAAUCCUUACGAAACAUAAUAAAACGCUUCGUCCGUUGACUGUAAUGAAAAAGCUAUACUUUGUUGGACAGAGCGAACGUAAAAUAUAAAAUAAAAAAUAAAAUUGAAGAGCAGACACGCACAGGCCCGCGAAGUCUUCCAAGAUCUGCAGAGCGCAAAUUUAUUUAUGAAAAUGCGUAUUUCAAUUUCUGUUCGAUGAGCUUUGCAUCCUACUUUGGAGUUGAAAAGCAGGCAGAUCGAAACUCAUUUUCACCUAUAAAUCUCAAAAUAAAUUUAAAAUAAAUAGCCUUUCAAAUUGCGAGCAGUUUUCAUGCUGUUAUUUUCCAAAUCCUGCAAUCUUAACUCCGCGACUCAGGCAAAGAUCGCGCAAACAGGUCCAACAAGAAGCAUAACACAAGAUAUCAAAAAAUGCAGCACACUCCAACAACAAUCGAGGAACAAAUUAUUGUGAGAUCAAUUCAAGAAGAGUGUCAAUGGGAGAACCUUCCAAAGCGUCUUCAGAUCUAUCUAUCUUCUAAAGAAGAGUGGCACAAAAGAGUCAAAGAACAUUGUAUAAAGAAGCGUCUCCAGUGGAGUAAUUGUUUUGCAAGGAAAACAUGUAAAGAAAAUGAGUAUUAUGAAGAUAUGAUGAAUUAUCUGCGCAAAAAUCUGGCGCUAUUCCCUUAUCACUUGGCUGAAUAUGUAUGUCGAAUAAUGAGAAUAUCACCCUUCAGAUACUACUGUGAUAUGCUCUAUGAAGUGAUGAAAAAUGAGCAACCAUAUGAUCGUAUACCAAAUUUCAGUGCUGCAGACGCUUUAAGACUUACUGGAAUUGGAAGAAAUGAAUUUAUUGAUAUCAUGAACAAAUGUAGAGCUAAGAAAAUUAUGUGGAAGAUUAACAAAUCAAUAGUAAAGGAGUUCCUGCCAACAGAGCCAGUCGAUUUCCCGAUUGAACCAUGGUGGGGUGUCUGUCUUGUCAACUUCACCUUGGAGGAAUUUCGGAAACUCACAGAAGAUGAGAUGGCAACAAUAGACAAAAUCUGUAAAGAGGAGGCAAAUUUGUUUGUGUUGUUUGAUCCUCAAAUAAUUCUCGGGUUAUACCGAAGAGGAUUAGUGUACUUUGAUGUCCCUGUUUAUCCAGAUGAUCGGUUCAAAGUUUCCAAGCUUGAAGGAUUUGUCUCCAAUAGGGAACAGUCAUAUGAAGAUCCUACAGAAGAGCUAUUAUAUGCUGUUUUUGUGGUUUCAAGUGAGCAUGCAACAGUUGCUGAAUUAGCUACAACAUUACAGGCUGAUUUGCCUCAUCUUCAAGCUGCUGCAUCAUUUGCAUGUCGCCUGGGAUGGGCAAUUAAAGUCCUUGAUCCAACAUCAGUUCUCCAAGAUUCAAGCAUGCCUGGCUCCCCAAAUGGUUUGAUCAACGAUGAUGAGGAUGGCACUUCUUUGACAGGCCUCAGCAUUGAAAAUCCUUUGGGUGAAAAAAAUUCAGAUUUCUCAGCAGGUGGAGGCAGCAUAGAUAGCACAAAGACAUCUUCCAGUUCUGUGCGUGUUGCAUUUAUUGUUGAUGCUAACAUAACAUCAUAUCUAAUGAUGGGUUCAGUAUCUCCUGGUUUGAAAUCUCAUGCAGUUACACUCUAUGAAGCGGGAAAGCUUGGUGAUGCUAGCAUUGCUGAGCUAUGCAAUGACCUGCUUGCGCUAGAAGGUACAAAGUUUGAAGGUGAACUGCAAGAGUUUGCAAAUCAUGCAUCCAGUCUUCGGUGUGUGCUUGAAUGUCUCCAGUCUGGUGGAUUGACAACUGAUACAACAGAUGGAGAUGUUUCUGACUUAAUUGAUGCUCUCUCUAGCAAAAGUGCUUUUUCUGAUGGAGAGAAUCCAAGAAAAAGCAUUGGAAACUCUAAUUUUGGGCAAGAACUACAAUUAAAUGGUUCUGGAAAUAAUAACUUCCAUUGGAGCUCAUUUGAAUCUGGAAUUUCUCAGAUGGAUAAUCAACCUUUUGAAUCAAAGGACCCAUUGCCAGAGUCCAAUAAAGCUGUUGACAGAUCAUCUGAGCACUAUGUGGGCCAGCUGACAAAGGUGGGCCUUGAUGCUGAGAAAGAAGAAAAUUCUUUGAGCUCUACUUACACCAGCAUCAAUUCAAAGAAUCGUGUGAAGAGGAAGCGCAAAUACCGUGUAGAUGUUCUUCGUUGUGAAAGCUUAGCUGGCUUGGCACCACCAACAUUGCAUCGUUUAUUUCGUCGUGACUAUGACAUAAUUGUUUCAAUGAUCCCUCUUCCGUCUUCUCCUUCAGUAAUUUUGCCCGGAGGUGCCAGUCCUGUCCAUUUUGGUCCACCAUCAUAUUCUUCCAUGACACCAUGGAUGAAACUGAUUCUAUACUCAGUAGCAGGUUCUGGUCCUGUUUCUGUUGUUCUUAUGAAAGGUCAGCGGAUUAGAUUGCUUCCUCCACCCUUAUCAAGAUGUGAGAAAGCUUUGUUGUGGGCUUGGGAUGGAUCUACUGUAGGAGGACUUGGUGGCAGGUUUGAUGGAACUCUUGUAAAUGGAAAUAUUCUUUUGCAUUGCUUGAAUUCAUUACUAAAAAUCUCAGCUGUUCUUGUUUUGCCCCUGUUGAAAGUUGAUUUAAAUGAGUCCGGAAAACCUAUUACAAAGGAUAUACCAUUACCUUUAAUAAAUCGAGAUGGUUCAUGUACCAUUGUCAAUAAUGAGAUUGGACUUAGUACUGAAGAAAUUGCACAGCUGAAUUCAACAUUAACAAUUUUGGCUGAAGAACUUCAAUUUUGGACAAUAGGAUAUCUCCGUCUUAUAAAGAUUCAUAGAAUGGAAGAUAAUGAGAAUCACUCUGCUAAAAAUGCAAAAUGUGAGUGGGUUCCACUCAGUAUAGAAUUUGGGAUACCACUUUUCAGCCCAGAAUUGUGCAGAAGCAUAUGUCAAAGGGUAAUACAAUCAGAGUUGCUUCAAGCUAAUUCACUUUCUGAGCAUCGUGAAGCAAUGCAAAAGUUAAGGAAAAGGCUGCGUGAUUUUUGUGCAGAAUAUCAUGUAACUGGUCCUAUUGCAAAACUCAUCUAUGCUAGGGAACAUUCAACAAGAGAUGCAUCACCCAUGCUGACAACUUAUGCUAGUGGCAGAUGGGAUCCUUUUGUUGAACCUCCAUCUCCAUGGACAGCAAGUCAUAAGAAACUCACAAAUUUUGAUCGGCAAAAGCGGCGCUCUGAAAUUUUAAGUUUUGAUGGUGAUAUUCUGAGGUCAUUUGCUCUCACUCCUGUAUAUCAACCUGGUACAAGAUUGGUUGAAGAAUAUGGCACGUCAGUUGAUGUAACAUCUGAAGCAAGUUCAGAAAAUUCUGAUGAUAAUGACAGUAUUGAUGUGAUUCUUCCUGGAGUAAAUCUCUUGUUUGAUGGUUCUUUAUUGCGUCCUUUUGAUAUUGGCACCUGUUUGCAGGGCAGACUCCCUGUUUCUCUAAUUGCAGAGGCAUCUAUGGCAUCAACUGUAUUGCAAUCAAGAACAAAUUAAUUUGUUAUACUUUAUCAAAAAUUGAAAAGUUAAGCAUCUGCCUCGUGAGUUUGAAUGACCAUCAAAGAAGAAUGAUGAAGAGGAUUGGUCAAAGUACCGAUCACUGAGUCAGAAUAUAACAAAGGCCAAAAAUAUCGAUACCAUUCAUUAGCAUCUAUUGAGCACUAUAAUGUUGGCCAACAUUGCUGUUAAAUUUUUAAUCAAUGAUCAAUAAUUUAUGUAAAGGAUACAAGCUUGCAAGUCCUAUCCUUAAUUAAUGAUUCUCAUUUUGUAUUUGAUUCUUUGAAGUCUUUUCUACGCCAUUCUAUUGCUGUUGCUGGUCUGAGGCAAAUUGCUUUCAGGUCAUGGCACUGACAACACAGACAGGAAUUUAGGCAGAGCAAAAUGAACUUAGGAUUUGUAGCAGCAAUUUUGAGUAACAUUCAUUAUGAAUUAGUUCCUGUGCUAAUGACUUGGAUCUUGCAUUUGAGAUCUUUCCAUAACAAUUUUUUGGGUUACCACUGCGAAGCAUCUGAUUUAAGAUGAACAUGAAAAGAGUGCUCCCAUUUAGUGAACGGGUCUCUUUUAUUAGAAUGGAGGCAUGGAACAGACAAUUAUCCACUGCCUUAUUUUCAGUAGGAUAAUAUGAAGCUGUAUUAAAUGUUGUAUAAUUCUGAACAUUGAACCAAAAUUGUUGAACAUAUAUAUUGUUUUUACUAUUUUUCCA